AUGGGUUCCGUCUUGAAGCCGUUGAACACCAUUGACAGCAUCGAACAGGGAGCCUGGCCCUACAUCGAUCCGCGUCUCCUCGAUCUCCAGACCGUGGGAGGGGACCUCAAUGUCGCUCUUUGGCCUCGCGGGGCCAAGGACCGUCCUGUCUUGAUGCAUGUCGCUGCCUUGGCAUACCACUACGGCCCUGCCGUGGCCGCCAGUCGCCAGACCCAUGUCUGGUUCCAGGAGCUUGGGGGAAAGAGUAUGUCGGCUCCCACUCAGUUCACACGCAUGUUGGAGAAUGUCUUUGAGGAGCUGCUGAUUCCUCAGCAAGUGACAUUUUUCAGGUACAACAUCGAACGUCUGCUCCGAGAUGAAGAUCAUCACCGCGAGGUUCAAGGGUCGCCAGAACGCCUCCUGGACAAUCAAUUCAGUCUCCUCGAACGAUGGUCACGGAGCAAAUAUCCCUUUGCUUGGCGAGAAUUCGAGCCGGUCAUGUCCACGUUGAUCGCUCCAUACUCGGUCGCAUCGAACCCCACUUCGACCAAAGCCCGACUUGAUUUUUCUCGGGAGCUUUACGAGUGCUGCACCAGUCCGGAUGCCGCCCACAAGUCUCGGUUUGCGUCUACGCACGCCACCUGGUUUGCCAUUCUUCGGCACGUCCUUCAAAACUUCACGGCCGGACAUUUCAAGGUCGAACACUGGGUGGCGGCGAUCUCGGCGGCCAUGCUGUCUUGUCAGAUCGAGUGUGUCCCCGGGGUCUACCAGUCCCGACUCAGUUUCCGACGCGUCAUCCGAUUGAUCGGAUACACGACGCCCGUCGGGGUCCUGUCCGCUCCUGUCGGCAGCCUGAAACGGUUGGCCAUGGAAGCCCAGCAUCAGGCCAAGCGGACACGAACGACCAGCCACAUCGAUUUUGGCUGCUCCAUCCCUUUCACUCAGAUCCCGGAACUGGUGAAGCAGGGCUUUGAGGCGCAAGAACUUCAUUUUCGCAAGG